AUGGCUGCUAUUAAGAAGUCCACGAAAGCUGGUGCUUCCCCAGUGAAGGUAAAGAAAACGACUAAGGGCAAGAAGGACGAUGGCAAGCCUAAGGUUAAGCGUGCCUUGAGCGCGUACUUCAUCUUCAUGCAGAAGAACCGUCAGAAGAUCAUGGAGGAGAACGGCCUGCAGCCUAAAGACAUCGGCGACAUCGCUAAGAAGACUGGCGAGAUGUGGAAGGGGAUGAGUGAGGCAGAGAAGACUCCCUACAACAAGAUGGCCGAUGAAGAUAAGCAGCGUUAUGAACGCGAGAAGGCAGCUGUUGGUGUAUAA